AGGGCGGAGCGUUGCCGGAGCGAGAGCCGUCCGCGCCGUCGAGGAGAGGCGCCGAGCGAGCGCGGCUUGGGGAAGGCGGACAUGGAGUGGUGGCUGCUGCUCGUCUGGGCCCCCCUGCUGGGCCUGUGCGUGGCCGAGCGACACACCGUCUUCUGGAACAGCUCCAACCCCCUGUUUCUGUGGGAUGACUACACCGUACAGGUACACCUGAACGAUUACCUGGAUAUCAUCUGCCCACAUUAUGAGGACAGCAGCGCCCCCCUGCACUCCAUGGAGCGCUACACUUUGUACCUGGUGGAGCAGGAGGAGUACGAAACGUGCAAGCCGCGCUCCAAGGACCAGAUCCGCUGGGAGUGCGACCGGCCGGACGCCCUGCACGGGCCAGAACGGUUCUCCGAGAAAUUCCAGCGGUUCACCCCCUUCACCCUGGGCAAAGAGUUUCGGGAAGGUCAUGAGUACUAUUACAUCUCAAAGCCAAUCCAUCGCCACGGAGAGACCUGCCUGAAGCUGAAGGUGGUGGUGGCCGGGAAAAACACUUGGAUGCCACCCGGCCGCGCUCCUACCCAGAAGGGGAGACUUCUGUCAGAUGACCCCGACGCCCCGAUGUUGCGGAGCGUGGGCCACAACUCCGCCCCCCGGUCCGGCAGUCCCUUCACCUUCCUCGGCCUCCUGGUUCCGCUACUUCUGCGGUACGGUCUCUGACGCCCCUCGCCCCAGCCGAGCCAUGAGGACUGAGGGUGAUCCCGGUUUUCGCGGGUCCGGCACGUGGCCGCAGUUCCUCCGCGAGAAGCUGCGGGCCAGUCAGUAGUGGAGGGUUGAGCACCGGGAUCAAAUGGAGGGCAGCUGUGGACGCCCGAGGGAGGAGGCAGGGCGGGGAGUGGCAACAAUACUGUGGCCGUGGAAUCGAGACGUCGAGCACUUUGGAAAGUUAAGCUGCGAACAAUGCGGGCCGGGCGGAUGGACAACCAGGUGUGGACUACCUAGGGGAAUUGGGUACUAGUCUCCUCCGUGGUGAGGAACGGGGCACGAGGGAUGGGCCCCUUCAGACUCGGCUUCCCCUGCCCCGAAGGACACUUCACUGAGUAUCCCGCAGGCGGGGACACUCGGAGUGAUACGCGUGUGCUGUGGGACGCGCCAUGCUGUUGGAAUCUGUGGACUCGGAGAUGGCGCUAGGCCCACCGUGAUACUGAAUCUACCUGCUGCCCGUCGUGAACUCUGUACAGGGCGGAUAAUUUAUAAGACAAUAAACAGGCUGGGCCUGAAUUUCGGAGGAGCUCCUCUCUUACACCUUCCUGAUGAACCCUUCUUCUCCCCGCUUACGAUGCAAACAAACAUUGUCCUGUACCCCAAAAGAGCAAAGCGGAACCCUGCUAGUGUCACAUGUGAGAAAACCCUAUUGGAUCGGACUACGGGGCCUCCCCUGUGAUUGGUUCCCAGCAUCUUGUAUUUCGGGAUAAACUGGCUCUGCGGACGGAGGUUCCGUUUCGGCGAAUAACUUCUUUAAUCAUUUAGAAACUGCACAAAAUCCAGAUCGGAAGCCCCCCAGUUUUGUGGCCCACCCUCUCUGUUCCGAUCUAGUUUCAAUGCCGGGGCGUGCGACUUCCUGUCUCGCCCUGCCACUUCUCACAGGAUUUUAAAAGUUUGGGGAAGGUUGAGGAAGACGGCGAGAGGCGAUGGACCGCGAGGACAUUCCGCGACGUUUCGUAACGGGGACAGUGGACGAACUAAUGGCGAAACAAACUUCUUUUUUUUGAGGAGAGAGGGUAGGAGCGGAGGGCAGCAUCUCUAUGUAAAUCUCGUCCUACUACUGAAAUUUUUAUACAGAAUAAAU